AUGCCUGAGCUAGCCGAAGUUUCGCGCAUCGUCCAUUUCAUCCGUCAGCACUUGGUUGGAAAGACCCUCUCAAAGGUCGCAGCCCAGCAUGAUGAUGUUGUUUACGGAAAAGUGGGCACCAGUGCUGCAGAGUUUCAAAAAGCAGUGCAGGGGAAACAAAUCGCAGGUGCCGGUCAGCAGGGGAAGUACUUCUGGAUCACCAUGUCCUCGCCGCCUCAUGUUGUGAUGCACUUCGGCAUGGCAGGCUGGCUGAAAAUCAGAAAUGCCGAUACAUUUUACUACCGGACUGACAAGCCAGAGGACAAGGACUGGCCGCCUAAGUAUUGGAAGUUUUUACUGGAAACAGACGAGGAUCCCAAGACGGAGGCUGCGUUUGUGGACUUUCGCAGACUUGCACGGAUACGAUUGGUGGACUGUCCAGCAGACGAGAUCCGAAAGUACACGCCUCUCAAGGAGAAUGGGCCCGAUCCAGUUACAGACAAAGAUGCAGUGACUGAUAGUUGGCUGAUUGAAAAGGUACGGAGCAAGAAGGUACCAAUUGAGACCUUGCUGCUUGACCAAGCCAACAUCAGUGGGAUAGGCAAUUGGAUGGGGGAUGAAAUAUUGUACCAUGCCAAGAUCCAUCCGGAACAAUACAGCAACACGCUGAGCGAUGAACAGAUCAAGGAGCUCAACUCUUCAAUGCGUUACGUCUGCGACACCUCGGUGGAAUUGCUUGCAGAUUCCGAAAGGUUCCCAGAACACUGGCUUUUCAAGCAUCGGUGGGGAAAGGGGAAAAAGGACCAGCCCUCCGUUCUCCCUAACGGAAAGGAGAUUGUCUUCCUUACCGUUGGAGGUCGAACCAGCGCGGUAGUUCCGUCUGUGCAAAAGAAGACCGGGGCUGUAUCAAAGGAUGUUAGCGACGAGGAUGUCAAUGGUGCGCAAACUCAGUCGAAGCGAAAGAGGGGAGCUGUUAAGAAAGAGGAAAAUGAUUUCGAGUCUAAGGACGACGAAAGCAAGGUUCAAUCUAAAAGACAGAGCAAGGCAUCCGUCAAGGAUGAGAAUGAGGAAGAUACAAAACAGACAACUGAAACGGCAUCUGCUGGCAGACGCCGUUCCACUCGCAACAAGAAAUAG